AUGAAGCUUCCUUCUCCUCAAUCUGGUCGAACAUUGGAGGAGGAACUCAGUAUUCUCCUGCAGUUUCAGGAGAAACAUGACAACGGAGAUUCAGGAGAGAUCAACGGCGAAGAGUUGAAGAAGCGUGUGAGGGUGAUCAAGAAUCGGAUCGCUGCCAAGAAGUCAAGGGAGCAAGCGCGGACUUACGUACAGAAGCUUGAGAGCAGCUUGAAUGCUGUCAUGGCUCAUAACGAUGUCCUUGCGCGGCGCCUUGCCUUGGUUGAGUCCGAGAAUCGAUCGCUCAAGCAUUCAAUGUUCAUGACUGGCAUGAACUUUCAACCCAUGAACAACUGUAACCGCGUCGACGAGUCUGCGGCACUCUCGACCUUAUCCCUGCUGUUGGAUGCGGUUCUGUUCAUGAUCGCCAUGGCCUCCAGUUUCCUUCCUGGUUUCAGUCUGAGAGCAUGGGAGGACAACUCUCCGGUGCACCAGCUCCCGGCUACCCUCAAGCAGGAGACGUGCUCGCUAACAUGGACGCGUUCAACAUGCCAUGGGCGAGGAGCGCGUCGAUGUUUGAGAUGGCUCAGGAUGGCAGGCCUCUUGCAAUGCGUUGCGCACUCGUGCCAUCGUUGGGACCCCAAGGUGCCUCAGCCAGCGACAGCAGCAUGAGUCCGAGCCCUGUGCAAGGAGCUGGUGCUGGGGCAACGACUGCUCCUCCUUCCUCUCAAUGGCAGAGAGGAGCAUACACU